UGAAUGUUGAUGAAUUUGUUUCAAUAUCAUCGUCAGUACUGAUUCUUGUAAAUAUCUGUUCAGCAAUUCUAAAGGAAGAAUAUUCUGCUGGAACAUAUGAUCCUGUAAAAUAUAAAGUAAACGUAAAUUGAGGUGCCACCCCCCACCCCUCCUCCAGCGGCUGCCCGGCGCGCAGCAACCCAGCCCCCUCCUCCUCGGAUGUGGCUGGAGCUUGAGGCGCGCAGGGCCGGAGACGCCGCAGACCCGGGACCCGGGACCCGGAGCAGCUCGGAGGCGGUGAAUAAUAGCUCUUCAAGUCUGCAAUAAAAAAUGGCCUCCAAUAAAACUACAUUGCAAAAAAUAGGAAAGAAACAAAAUGGAAAGAGUAAAAAAGUAGAAGAGGCAGAGCCUGAAGAAUUUGUGGUGGAAAAAGUACUGGACCGACAUGUAGUGAAUGGGAAGGUGGAGUAUUUCCUGAAGUGGAAGGGAUCUACAGAUGCUGACAAUACUUGGGAACCUGAAGAAAAUUUAGAUUGUUCAGAGUUAAUUGAAGCAUUUCUUAAUUCUCAAAAAGCUGGUAAAGAAAAAGAUGGUACAAAAAGAAAAUCUUUAUCUGACAGUGAAUCUGAUGAUAGCAAAUCAAAGAAGAAAAGAGAUGCUGCUGAUAAACCAAGAGGCUUUGCCAGAGGUCUUGAUCCUGAACGAAUAAUUGGUGCCACGGACAGCAGUGGAGAAUUAAUGUUUCUCAUGAAGUGGAAAGAUUCAGAUGAGGCAGACUUGGUGCUGGCAAAAGAGGCAAAUAUGAAGUGUCCUCAGAUUGUAAUUGCUUUUUAUGAAGAGAGACUAACUUGGCAUUCUUGUCCAGAAGAUGAAGCUCAAUAAUUGUUUGCAU